CCAUCACCACCACCACGAUCUUCCGCCAUGUUCCGCGUCGCCACUCCCGCCUUGCGUGCAGGCGCUUCAUCGCUGCGACCGGCAGUCGUCGCAUCGCCCGCUCUCCAAAGUGCCAACUAUGCCACCCUUCGCGAAAUUGAGGGCCGCCUCAAGUCGAUCAAGAACAUCGAGAAGAUCACCAAGACGAUGAAAAUUGUCGCCUCCACCAAACUCACCAAGGCUCAGCGUGCCAUGGAGUCAUCUCGCGCAUACGGUAGCACAUCGGACACUGUUUUUAAGGAGGCGGAAACCAAGGCUAUUGAGGGCACGGACAAGAAGAGUCUGCUGGUUGUGUGCAGCUCCGACAAGGGCCUGUGUGGUGGUAUCCACUCCGGUCUCUCUCGCGCCGCCCGCCGUAUGUUCGAUCAGGAUGGCGUCAACUACGAUCUUGUCAUCAUCGGCGAGAAGGCCAAGGCACAAAUGAGCAGGAGCAACCCCAAGAACAUGCAGCUUUCGUUCGCCGGUAUUGGAAAGGAUGUCCCCACCUUCAGCGAUGCGUCGGCCAUUGCGGACCAGAUCUCGCUCCUCCCGGAAGAGUACUCCAGCAUCAAGAUCCUGUACAACAAGUUCGUCAACGCUCAGAGCUACGAGGCGACCGUUAUCGAGGCUUUCUCCGAGGAGGCAAUUCUUGAGUCACCAAACUUCUCCAACUUCGAGGUCGACGAUGCUGUUUUGGGCAACCUCCGCGAAUACGCUCUGGCCAACUCUCUCUACUGGGCUCUCGCGGAGGGUCACGCGUGCGAAAUCUCCGCCCGCCGCAACGCCAUGGACAACGCCUCAAAGAACGCCGGCGACAUGAUCGACAAAUUCCAGAUUCUCUACAACCGAACUCGACAGGCCGUCAUUACUGGCGAACUUGUCGAGAUUAUCACCGGUGCCGCCGCUUCAGAGGACUCGUAGAUGUGGUAGUGGAGAAUGGGAGUGUGUACGAUGUACAUAUAGCGCAGGCAGAGUGG